ACUCUCUUGGAAAACUGCAGAGAUGGCAGCUGUUUGGAUGCUCCUCUGUGUGCUGACUGUUUGUCUGGCCAGAGAUCUGUCUCCCAAUGAGAUCUCCUUAAAGAAAGCCUUUGCACUUUUCCAGUCCAUGGAGUCCAUGUUAGACCAAGAUGCUAGAGAAGUACAACUGGAAACCAAUGACGUGGAAGCUGAGGCGUCUGGUCACCAGAAUUCUGAACAAAAGCCCCAAAGCGUCAACGAGACAACAAAUGUCCAGAACCAGGUUGUAACGAGGGACAACGGCACGGCGGGGGGCGUCCAGAACCGGGUCGUCAUUAGGGGAAAUUCCACUGCGGGGCGUGACCUAAAAUGGGUCAUCAUAGGAGGCGACUCCACAACUGAGGACGUCCAGAACCGGGUCGUCAUUAGGGGAAACGCCACGGCGGGGGGCGUCCAGAACUUAGUCAUCAUUAAGGACAAAGCCAAGACGGGGGGCGUCCAGAACCUGAUCGUCAUUAGCGAAACCGCCACAGCAGAGGCUGUCCAGAACCGGGUCGUCAUUAGGGGAGUGGCCAAGGAGGGGGACGUCCAAAAAUGGGUCGUCAUUGGGGUAGACUCCACGACUGGGGACGUCCAGAACCGGUUUGUCAUUUGGGGCGAAGCAACGACUGGGGGUGUCCAGCAGAACCUGGUCCCCAUGGACAACGGCACGACGGGGGGCGUCCAGCAGAACAUCGGCACGACGGGGGGUGUCCAGCAUGAGCACAAAGUACUCCUGGAUACCCAUGAAGUAGACGAGCAGUUGUUGAACGAGACGAUGAGCGGCGAGGAAAAGUUAAACGGGACGAUGAGCGGCGAGGAAAAGUUCAACGGGACGAUGAGCGGCGAGGAAAAGUUCAACGGGACGAUGAGCGGCGAGGAAAAGUUCAACGGGACGAUGAGCGGCGAGGAAAAGUUAAACGAGACGAUGAGCGACGAGGAAAAGUUAAACGGGACGAUGAGCGACGAGGAAAAGUUAAACGAGACGAUGAGCGACGAGGAAAAGUUAAACGGGACGAUGAGCGGCGAGGAAAAGUUAAACGAGACGAUGAGCGACGAGGAAAAGUUAAACGGGACGAUGAGCGGCGAGGAAAAGUUAAACGGGACGAUGAGCGGCGAGGAAAAGUUCAACGAGACGAUGAGCGACGAGGAAAAGUUCAACGAGACGAUGAGCGACGAGGAAAAGUUCAACGAGACGAUGAGCGACGAGCAGUUGUUGAACGAGACGAUGAGCGACGAGGAAAAGUUCAACGAGACGAUGAGCGACGAGGAAAAGUUCAACGAGACGAUGAGCAAUGAGCAGUUGUUGAAAGGAACGAUGAGCGACGAGGAAAAGUUGAACGGGACGAGGAAAAGGAAAGGUUCAACAGGAUGAUGAGCGAGGAGAUAUUAAAUACUGCAUAGAUUCAUCUUGUCUAUUUUGAGUGCCUUGGAGACCUUGAUAUCUGAGAUGUUAUCUUGGCAGCAAUAUAAUAAAACUUGUAUACAUUUCUUAAAUAA